CUCGGUUCAGGUGGGGACUUCCACGCCCGCCGCCGCUGCCGCCCCCGUACCUGGCUGGAGCGGAGCCUGUGGGCAGCCGGCAGGCAGCGGGCAUUGCUGGCUAUGGAAGCUCAGCAAUAACUGCAGCUGCCUCUGAUGACCGCAGGGGGAUCGGCACCCAGCAAAUAAGAAGCAAGUCUUGGCCCUGGAGGAGGAGGAGGAGCAGUUGAGCAUCUCUCUCUCUCUCUCUCUCUCUCUCUCUCUCUCUCUCUCCCCACUCCUGGUUGUCCUUUAAAUGAGGACUCCCGGGCCCCAGCUGGAGGUGGAUUUGCAGAACCUCCCUCUCGGCUCCUGACCCCUCGCUUACAUCACUAACCUGUGACAGGCACAUCUCCACCCCUACUACCUGCUCCUCCAGCAGCUCCCAGUCCGUGGAGCCUCUUUGUAUGCCGCAGACAUGGCCAGCCAGCAGGAUUCCGGCUUCUUUGAGAUCAGUAUCAAAUAUUUGCUGAAAUCCUGGAGUAAUACUUCUCCAGUCGGCAACGGUUACAUCAAGCCUCCAGUUCCAGCCGCUUCAGGCACACACAGGGAGAAAGGGCCACCAAGCAUGUCACCUAUCAGUGUGGACCCAGACAGCAAACCCGGAGAGUAUGUCCUCAAGAGUUUAUUUGUCAACUUCACCACUCAGGCUGAGCGCAAGAUUCGUAUGAUCAUGGCAGAACCCCUGGAGAAGCCACUGACAAAAUCUCUGCAGCGUGGAGAAGACCCUCAGUUUGAUCAAGUCAUAAGCUCUAUGAGCUCCGUUUCUGAGUACUGCCUGCCUUCCAUCCUGCGGACACUGUUUGACUGGUAUAAAAGGCAAAAUGGCAUUGAGGAUGAAUCACAUGAAUACAGACCAAGAACAAGCAAUAAAUCAAAAAGUGAUGAACAACAGCGAGAUUAUUUAAUGGAGAGACGGGACCUCGCCAUUGAUUUUAUUUUUUCUUUAGUGUUAAUAGAAGUCUUGAAACAGAUUCCACUUCAUCCUGUAAUAGACAGUUUAAUACACGAUGUUAUUAACCUGGCUUUCAAGCACUUUAAGUACAGAGAAGGGUACCUUGGUCCGAACACUGGCAAUAUGCACAUUGUGGCAGACCUGUAUGCGGAAGUCAUCGGGGUGCUAGCCCAAGCUAAGUUCCCUGCUGUCAAGAAGAAAUUUAUGGCCGAGCUGAAAGAAUUGCGGCACAAAGAGCAGAACCCGUAUGUGGUACAGAGCAUCAUCAGCUUGAUCAUGGGGAUGAAAUUCUUCCGGAUUAAGAUGUAUCCCGUGGAGGACUUCGAGGCGUCACUUCAGUUUAUGCAGGAAUGUGCACAUUAUUUCCUGGAGGUCAAAGACAAAGACAUCAAACACGCUUUGGCUGGGCUUUUUGUUGAAAUCCUUGUCCCCGUGGCUGCUGCUGUAAAAAAUGAAGUCAAUGUCCCCUGCCUUCGAAACUUCGUGGAAAGUCUCUAUGAUACCACACUGGAACUUUCUUCUCGAAAGAAGCAUUCCUUGGCCUUGUAUCCCCUGGUGACCUGUCUGCUCUGUGUCAGCCAGAAACAGCUGUUCCUGAACAGGUGGCAUGUUUUCCUCAACAACUGUCUGUCCAACCUUAAGAACAAAGACCCCAAGAUGGCUCGAGUCGCGCUGGAAUCUCUCUACAGAUUACUGUGGGUUUACAUGAUACGAAUCAAAUGUGAAAGCAACACAGCUACUCAGAGCCGACUUAUAACCAUCAUCACAACACUUUUCCCCAAAGGGUCCCGCGGUGUGGUGCCAAGGGAUAUGCCUCUGAACAUCUUCGUGAAAAUCAUCCAAUUCAUUGCCCAGGAACGCCUAGAUUUUGCAAUGAAAGAAAUCAUUUUUGAUUUUCUUUGUGUGGGAAAACCAGCCAAAGCCUUCAGUCUCAACCCAGAGAGGAUGAACAUUGGUCUGCGUGCAUUCCUGGUGAUAGCCGACAGCUUGCAACAGAAAGACGGGGAGCCUCCCAUGCCCGUGACAGGAGCUGUGCUCCCUUCCGGAAACACGUUGAGAGUAAAGAAAACGUAUUUGAGUAAAACUCUAACUGAAGAGGAAGCUAAAAUGAUAGGCAUGUCUUUGUAUUACUCUCAAGUACGGAAAGCCGUAGACAACAUUUUGAGGCACUUGGAUAAAGAAGUGGGUCGGUGUAUGAUGCUCACGAACGUCCAGAUGUUGAACAAAGAACCAGAGGACAUGAUCACGGGUGAGAGAAAGCCAAAAAUAGACCUUUUCAGAACCUGUGUUGCUGCUAUUCCCCGACUGCUCCCUGAUGGGAUGUCAAAACUUGAACUCAUUGACUUGCUGGCCAGGCUGUCCAUUCACAUGGAUGAUGAACUACGGCACAUUGCCCAGAAUUCCCUUCAGGGACUACUGGUCGACUUCGCCGACUGGAGGGAAGAUGUUCUGUUCGGCUUUACGAACUUCCUGCUCCGAGAAGUCAACGACGUGCUCCACACGCUGCUCGACUCCUCCCUGAAGUUCCUUCUGCAGCUCCUCACCCAGUGGAAACUGGUCAUACAGACACACGGGAGAGUCUACGACCAAACAAACAGAAUCAGAAAUUCAGAGCUCAUUCCAAACAGCUCCAGCCACAGAAUGCAGUCGGAACGAGGCCCUCACUGCACCGUCCUCCACGCGGUCGAAGGCUUCGCUCUGGUUUUGCUAUGCAGCUCUCAGGUGGCCACACGCAAGCUGUCAGUAUUGAUCCUCAAGGAAGUCCGAGCUCUGUUCACUGCCCUGGGUCAGCCAGAGGAUGAUGACAGGCCAAUGAUUGAUGUCAUGGAUCAACUAAGUUCUUCCAUUCUUGAAAGCUUCAUUCACGUAGCCGUUUCGGAUUCAGCGACCCUGCCGCUGACCCACAAUGUGGAUCUUCAGUGGCUGGUGGAAUGGAACGCGGUCCUGGUCAACAGCCACUACGACGUGAAGAGCCCCUCCCAUGUGUGGAUCUUCGCGCAGUCCGUCAAAGACCCCUGGGUGCUGUGCCUCUUCAGCUUCCUCCGGCAGGAGAACCUGCCCAAGCACUGCCCCACGGCACUCAGCUAUGCCUGGCCCUACGCCUUCACCAGGCUGCAGUCCGUCAUGCCGCUGGUGGACCCGAACAGCCCAAUUAAUGCCAAGAAAACCAGCACGGCAGGCAGCGGAGAUAACUAUGUCACCUUGUGGAGAAAUUACCUCAUUCUCUGCUUUGGCGUCGCGAAACCCAGUAUCAUGAGCCCCGGACACUUAAGAGCUUCCACUCCAGAAAUAACGGCAACUACGCCUGAUGGUACAGUGAGCUACGAUAACAAGGCCAUAGGCACCCCAUCGGUGGGAGUUCUUCUAAAGCAGUUGGUGCCUUUGAUGAGACUAGAGAGCAUUGAGAUCACAGAGUCCUUAGUUUUAGGAUUUGGAAGAACAAAUUCCCUUGUUUUCAGAGAAUUGGUAGAAGAACUUCAUCCACUAAUGAAAGAAGCUUUAGAAAGAAGACCAGAGAACAAGAAGCGCCGGGAACGGCGGGACCUGCUGAGGUUACAACUCCUACGGAUAUUUGAACUUCUGGCCGACGCCGGUGUAAUAAGUGACAGCACAAAUGGAGCCUUAGAACGGGACACGUUAGCUCUCGGAGCUCUGUUCCUAGAAUACGUGGACUUAACCCGCAUGCUCUUGGAAGCUGAAAAUGACAAAGAAGUUGAAAUUCUUAAAGAUAUCCGAGCUCAUUUCAGUGCCAUGGUUGCCAACUUGAUUCAGUGUGUACCAGUUCACCAUCGAAGAUUUCUCUUCCCUCAGCAAAGCCUGAGACACCACCUCUUCAUCCUGUUUAGCCAGUGGGCAGGACCCUUCAGCAUCAUGUUCACUCCCCUGGAUCGCUACAGUGACCGAAAUCACCAGAUUACAAGAUACCAGUAUUGUGCAUUAAAGGCGAUGUCAGCAGUAUUGUGUUGUGGCCCAGUCUUCGACAAUGUGGGCCUUUCCCCGGAUGGCUACCUGUAUAAGUGGCUUGAUAAUAUUCUGGCUUGCCAAGAUUUACGGGUUCAUCAACUUGGCUGUGAAGUUGUUGUCUUGCUAUUGGAACUUAAUCCUGAUCAAAUAAACCUUUUUAACUGGGCCAUUGAUAGAUGCUACACCGGUUCCUACCAGCUUGCAUCUGGCUGUUUCAAAGCUAUUGCCACCGUGUGCGGAAGCAGGAACUACCCCUUCGACAUCGUGACCCUGUUAAACCUAGUUCUCUUCAAGGCUUCCGAUACCAGCAGAGAGAUCUACGAGAUCGCCAUCCAGCUCAUGCAGAUCCUUGAAGCGAAGCUUUUCGUGUACUCCAAGAAAGUUGCUGAGCAAAGACCCGGCAGCAUCCUGUAUGGAACGCACGGCCCGUUGCCACCUCUUUACAGUGUCUCGCUGACCCUCUUGUCAUGUGAACUGGCCAGGAUGUACCCCGAACUUACUCUCCCUCUCUUCUCAGAGGUGAGCCAGCGAUUCCCCACGACGCAUCCAAACGGGCGCCAGCUCAUGCUCACCUACCUGCUGCCUUGGCUGCACAACAUCGAACUGGUGGACAGCAGGCUCCUCCUCCCAGGCUCAAGUCCCAGCAGCCCCGAAGACGAGGCCAAGGACCGGGAAGGGGAAGUGACCGUCUCCCAUGGCCUGAAAGGGAAUGGCUGGGGCUCUCCAGAAGCCACGUCGCUCGUUCUGAAUAACCUCAUGUACAUGACAGCCAAGUACGGAGAUGAGGUUCCUGGGCCAGAGAUGGAGAACGCCUGGAACGCGCUGGCCAACAACGAGAAGUGGACCAACAACCUGCGGAUCACCUUGCAGUUCCUGAUCAGCCUGUGCGGCGUCAGCAGCGACACCGUCCUCCUGCCCUACAUUAAAAAGGUGGCAAUCUACUUGUGCCGGAAUAACACCAUUCAGACCAUGGAGGAGCUGCUCUUUGAGCUGCAGCAGACGGAGCCGGUGAACCCGAUCGUGCAGCACUGCGACAACCCCCCCUUCUACCGCUUCGCCGCCAGCAGCAAGGCCUCCGCGGCAGCUUCCGGAACCACGUCCAGCAGCAAUACAGUAGUUGCUGGCCAGGACAGUUUCCCGGACCCUGAGGAAAGCAAGAUACUGAAGGAAUCUGAUGACAGGUUUAGUAACGUGAUCCGAGCCCACACCCGCCUCGAGUCAAGAUAUAGCAAUAGCUCUGGAGGAUCGUACGAUGAAGACAAAAAUGACCCAAUCUCUCCCUACACGGGCUGGUUGUUAACUAUCACGGAGACCAAACAGCCACAGCCCUUACCCCUGCCUUGUACUGGAGGAUGCUGGGCGCCGCUGGUUGACUACCUCCCAGAGACCAUCACUCCGCGGGGUCCACUGCACAGGUGCAAUAUUGCUGUGAUCUUUAUGACGGAGAUGGUGGUGGAUCACAGCGUGAGAGAAGACUGGGCCCUUCACCUUCCCUUGCUGCUCCAUGCUGUCUUCUUAGGUUUAGACCAUUACCGGCCUGAAGUCUUUGAGCACAGCAAAAAGUUGCUCCUUCACCUCCUGAUUGCCCUUUCCUGCAACAGCAAUUUCCACACCAUUGCCUCGGUGCUCCUGCAGACCCGAGAGAUGGGCGAGGCUAAGACCCUCACGGUGCAGCCCGCUUACCAGCCAGAAUACCUCUACACAGGUGGCUUUGACUUUCUGAGGGAAGAGCAGUCAUCACCAGUGCCCGACUCCGGCCUGAGCUGCAGCUCCACGUCCUCCAGCAUCAGCCUGGGAGGCAGCAGUGGAAACCUCCCCCAGGCCACGCCGGAGGUGGACGACGUGGACACAGGUGCCGACAUGGAUGAGAAGGCCAACAAGCUCAUUGAGUUCCUCACAACCAGGCCAUUUGGUCCCCUUUGGUGCCAUGAAGACAUCACCCCCAAAAAUCAAAAUUCAAAGAGUGCUGAGCAGCUUACUAAUUUCCUACGUCACGUUGUGUCUGUGUUUAAAGAUUCCAAAUCAGGUUUCCAUCUGGAGCAGCACCUCAGUGGAGUAGCGCUGCAGACGGCCCUCGCGAGCUCCUCGAGGCACUAUGCCGGGCGGUCCUUCCAGAUAUUUCGGGCCCUCAAGCAACCCUUGUCAGCGCACGCCUUGUCUGACCUCCUGUCCAGACUGGUGGAGGUGAUCGGGGAGCAUGGCGACGAGGUUCAGGGUUACGUCACGGAAGCGCUCCUGACCUUGGAAGCCGCGGUGGAUAACUUGUCUGACUGCCUGAAGAACAGCAGCCUUCUAACUGUAUUGUCUCGCUCAUCGUCACCAGAUUUAAGCUCCAGCACUAAGCUGACGGCCAGCAGGAAGAGCACGGGACAGCUAAAUGUGAACCCUGGCCCCACCAGUGGCAACCCCACCACUGCAGAACGGAGCCGCCACCAAAGAAGCUUCUCCGUGCCCAAGAAGUUCGGUGUCGUUGACCGAUCCUCCGACCCACCUCGAAGUGCCACACUGGACCGCAUUCAGGCUUGUACCCAGCAGGGUCUUUCCUCAAAGACCAGAAGCUCUUCCUCGUUAAAGGACAGUCUCGCAGACCCCUCCCACAUAAACCAUCCAACCAACCUGCUGGCCACCAUCUUCUGGGUCACGGUGGCCUUGAUGGAGUCUGACUUUGAGUUUGAGUACCUAAUGGCCUUAAGGCUCCUGAACCGGCUGCUGGCGCAUAUGCCACUAGACAAAGCCGAGAACCGGGAAAAACUGGAGAAACUGCAGGCUCAGCUCAAGUGGGCCGACUUCUCAGGGCUGCAGCUGGUGCUCCUGAAAGGGUUCACGUCGCUCACCACCACGGACCUCACGCUGCACCUUUUCAGCGUGCUGACACCAGUGUCCAAAGUGCCCAUGGUGGAUUCAUCCCAAGCUAUUGGGUUUCCACUGAAUGUCUUGUGCCUCCUGCCGCAGCUUAUCCAGCAUUUUGAAAGUCCCAAUCAGUUCUGUAAGGAUGUAGCCGAAAGGAUCGCUCAGGUUUGUCUGGAAGAGAAGAACCCCAAGCUGGCGAAUCUCGCACACGUUAUGACCCUUUAUAAAACGCACAGCUACACUAGGGACUGCGCCACAUGGGUCAACGUGGUCUGUCGGUACCUUCACGAAGCAUAUGCUGACAUCACCUUGAACAUGGUCACCUACCUGGCCGAGUUGCUGGAGAAGGGCCUCCCCAGCAUGCAGCAGCCCCUUCUGCAAGUCAUCUACAGUCUUCUCAGCUACAUGGACCUUUCUGUCAUCCCCGUCAAGCAGUUCAACAUGGAGGUGCUGAAGACCAUUGAAAAAUACGUGCAGAGUGUUCACUGGAGGGAGGCUUUGAAUAUCUUGAAGCUGGUUGUUUCUCGGUCGGCCAGCCUGGUGUUGCCUUCCUACCAGCCCAGCGACCUCUCCAAGAUAGAGAUACACCGCGUGUGGACCAGUGCUUCCAAGGAGCUGCCUGGCAAGACCCUGGACUUUCACUUUGACAUUUCAGAGACUCCGAUCAUCGGGAGACGAUAUGAUGAACUGCAGAACUCCUCUGGGCGGGACGGGAAGCCCAGGGCCGUGGCUGUCACCCGCAGCACGUCAUCCACGUCAUCAGGCUCCAACUCCAAUGUCCUCGUUCCUGUGAGCUGGAAAAGGCCCCAGUACUCUCAGAAGAGAACAAAAGAGAAGUUGGUGCAUGUCCUUUCUCUUUGUGGCCAAGAAGUAGGACUAAGCAAAAACCCAUCCGUGAUUUUCUCCUCGUGUGGGGACCUGGAUCUGCUGGAGCAUCAGGCGAGCCUGGUGUCUUCGGAGGACGGCGCCCGGGAGCAGGAGAACAUGGAUGACACGAACAGUGAGCAGCAGUUCCGAGUCUUCAGGGAUUUUGACUUCCUGGACGUGGAGCUGGAAGAUGGAGAGGAACUUCAGGGGGAGAGCAUGGACAAUUUCAACUGGGGAGUGCGCAGGCGUUCCCUGGACAGCCUGGAUAAGUGUGACACGCAGAUCCUGGAGGAGCGCCAGCUCUCAGGAAGCACUCCCAGCCUGAAUAAAAUGGACCGCGAGGACUCGGAUGACUCGUCGGAGGAGGAGGGCCUCACGGCCAGCCAGAUCCUGGAGCACUCGGACCUCAUAAUGACCCUCUCACCCUCGGAGGAGGCCAAUCCCAUGGACCUUCUCGCCACCGCCUGCGACUCAGCCCCCGCACACUCUCACGCCUUCAACUCGAGAAUGGCCAGCUUUGACACUUCUUUGCCUGAUGUGAAUAACCUGCAGAUUUCUGAGGGUUCAAAGGCUGAAGCUGUCCCGGAUGAGGAGGACACCACCGUGCUCGAGGACGAUCUUUCCAGUUCCAUCAACGAGCUUCCGGCAGCUUUUGAAUGCAGCGACAGCUUCAGUCUGGAUAUGACGGAGGCAGAGGAAAAAGGCAACCAGGGCCCCGAUCGGUUUACUCUUGCAAGCUUUGGGGAAGGGGACAGGGGCAUGUCUCCCCCUCCCUCCCCGUUCUUCUCGGCCAUCCUAGCUGCCUUUCAGCCCGCCGCCUGUGACGACGCGGAGGAAGCCUGGCGCAGCCACAUCAACCAGCUCAUGUGCGACUCGGAUGGCUCCUGCGCCGUGUACACCUUUCACGUGUUCUCCUCUCUGUUUAAGAAUAUUCAGAAAAGGUUCUGCUUCCUAACCUGCGAUGCAGCCAGUUACCUUGGAGAUAACCUCCGGGGAAUCGGAUCCAAAUUUGUCAGCUCCUCCCAGAUGCUCACCUCCUGCUCGGAGUGCCCCACCCUCUUCGUGGAUGCUGAGACUCUCCUUUCUUGUGGACUUCUGGACAAGCUCAAGUUCAGUGUAUUAGAGCUGCAAGAAUAUUUGGACACCUACAACAACAGGAAAGAGGCCACACUCUCAUGGCUUGCAAAUUGUAAGGCAACCUUUGCAGGAGGUUCAAGAGAUGGAGUGAUAACCUGCCAACCAGGGGACUCGGAAGAAAAGCAAAUGGAAUCUCUUGCACAACUGGAGCUGUGUCAGAGGCUGUAUAAGCUGCACUUCCAGCUGCUGCUGCUUUUUCAGUCCUACUGUAAGCUCAUCGGCCAGGUGCACGAAGUCAGCUGCAUGCCGGAGCUGCUGAACAUGUCCAGAGAACUGAGUGACCUGAAGAGGAGGCUCAAGGAGGCCACCACAGCCAUCGCUGCUGACCCGCUUUACAUAGAGGGCGCGUGGUCCGAGCCGACCUUCACGUCCACGGAGACAGCCAUCCAGUCCAUGCUGGAGUGCCUCAAGAACAACGAACUUGGCAAAGCUUUACGGCAAAUCAGGGAAUGCAGAAGCCUGUGGCCCAAUGACAUCUUCGGAAGCAGCUCGGAUGAUGAGGUCCAGACACUACUGAAUAUUUAUUUCCGUCACCAGACUCUGGGACAGACGGGCACCUAUGCACUGGUGGGCUCCAACCAGAGCCUGACCGAAAUCUGCACCAAGCUGAUGGAGCUGAACAUGGAGAUCCGGGACAUGAUCCGCAGGGCCCAGAGUUACCGGGUCCUUACCACCUUCCUCCCAGACUCCAGUGUUUCUGGCACUAGUCUCUGACAGGAGCCUUCCGUCCCCCAUGGUUUCCAAGCUGGCGCUGCUGCCAUGCCGGGGCGACGUCUUUCAGUGUCUUGUUAGCCUUUGCAAGGCUUGGACGGACUGUUCUCCCUCUUGUGGCCUGUAGGACUUCCUCUAAAGGAGGUGACAGAACUCCCAGCCUGUAGCAAUACGAUCCCAACCGAGGUAGCAGAGGCCAUCCUGCUGUGUGGCCCUCGGGUUACCUGUCACUGAGCGAGCAGCGCAACUCACUACUGAAAAGGUGACUUCCAUUUGCAUACCAAAGCCCACCACGCAGAACUGUACCUUCCUCCCUAGAACCAGUUUUAGAUUGGCAAAAGUGCAAUGUUUUCCUCAAGAAAAAGAAAUUUCUAUUCUAAAACUUGUACGUUCUUUUCUUCCCUUUCUCCUUUUUUUCUUCUUCUUUUGUUCCUGUUUUUCUUUUUCUUUGGGGGGGGGGUGGUGAGAAAGGGACAGGCGGAAUGAAGCUGGCCACUGAAACAUUGUAAGACGAUCAAAAGCUGAUAGCCUGUGUUCUGGAAGAGGGAAUUGUAGAUGGGCUACAAUUUCCUGCACACUGGUAUUUGAUACAAAGACUAUUAAAAGGGAGCUGCCACGAGGUACCUUUCCGCCAUUGCUAGGCCACUGUUGCUGAAGACUUCGGAUCUCUGCACCUGAAAUGGUCCAGAUAGACUCUUUGUAAGGAUCUUGGCUGCUUUUUACCAGAAGGUUGCUUUUUGUGAGCAUAUUUAUACUACAGAAGGAUGAGUGUUAAUUUGAAUUAACUUUGCCAUUUUGUAGAAAAAUGAUUCAUUCACAUGAAGUCCAAGUCGUUUCACCUGUCACGCAUGCAUAUUUUAAUAUCCACUCGGAUAGCCAGAAGUAGGGUCAUCAAGACAAAACAUGAGCUGUCACUUUGUGUCUUAAGAAUGUCAUAUUUUUUUCUUUGUAAUAUAUAUAUAUGUAAAGGGCCGUUCUUAACUUUCCUCCUUAAACUUAAUGCUGUCAAGUGUCCGGUGUGUGCAUGUGAAUCUCUCGCACAUCAGAAACCUAUUCAGAGUUCAUCUAUGUAACUUAUUCACUCUGUAAAUACAUUUAAAGUUUUUGUGAUGUAAUCUUGAUUGAUACUCUGUUCAGAACUUUCUUUAGGCUAAAAAAAAAAAAAGAGGAAAUACAUGUUGACUAUGGAUUUUAUUUCUAGUUAAUUAAAAUAUUUGCCUUUGACACACA